UUAUUGACUAAUUUGGUUAACGAUCUAUAAUUAAUUGAAUUAGCUUUACUUCUGACAAACUGAAAUAAAACUGUCCUAAUAUUUUUAUAACAAAAGAUUUGCAUUUUUCAAAUAAACAGAACAGAAACCAUAUUGUUUAGCAUUACCUGCUAAUUUGCACAUUUUGUUAAACUCAACACAGAUUUUUUUUUAAAUAGAAUAGUUUAUAAUUUGACAUGCACAACAAUGAAACAUUGUAUCUACAGAUAAUUUUGGAACAAUAAUUUCACCAAUAUUUGACCCAUCUUUAUCUUUUCCGAAUAUUUUUAUCUAUAAUUAUGAACUUUAGCUAUUAAAUAAAUGUACAUGUUCUUACAUACACAUCAAAUAAGCCACAUAAUAAGAAGCACCGACCUCCAUCCAUAGAUUUAAUUUGCAACAAAUCGACCAUGGUCUGUCAUGGGCCUUGUCAUGAAUGUGGGGAGGUGGAUGGGAAAAAAUAUGCAUCAAAUAUUCCAAUUAUAGAAUAUAAAAUGCAAAAACAAGUUUAACUUUCAAAAACCACAUUUUAAGUUUAUCUACUAAAACCCUAAGACAUUUGGGAUUUACAACUUUAUUUUAAAGAUUUUUAGAAUAUUCAGGAGUUGAAAUGAUUUAUACCAUGGUACCCUCAGUUAAACCCAUCCUUGAGUUCACUUUUGUAGUUUGGUCACCACAUCAUCACUAGCUGCAGCAUUACCUUGAAGAUGUUCAGCUUAGGUUUCUCAGAUAUGCAUAUUGUUUUCUUCCACAAUUUUACAUAAAUUACUACAAUAUUCUAAUUGCAUUAAAUAUAUGCUAUUACAUGAACGUGCAUAUUCUUACAAUCACAUCAAAUAGCCACAUAAAGGCAAUUAAAGUAGCACUGCCCCCCGACAUCCAUAGGUUUAAUUUGUAACAAAUUGGCCAUGGUCCACCAUGGGGUCUCCUCAUGAAUGUGGGAAGGUGGAUGAAAAAAAAUAUGUACGAAAUAUAUUCACAAUUAUAGAACAUAAAAUGCAAAAGCAAGUUGAACUUUCUAAAGCCACAUUUUAUGUUUAGUUGCUAAAACCCUAAGACAUUUGGGAUUUACAAUUUUUUUAAAAGCUUUUUAGAAUAUUCAGGUUGAAAUUAUUUAUAUAUUCCUCAGUUAAACCCAUCCUUGAGUUCACUUUUGUAGUUUGGUCACCACAUCAUCACUUCUGCAGCAUUAUCUUGAAGGUGUUCAGCUUAGGUUUCUCAUAUAUGCCUAUUGUUUUCUUCCACAAUUUUACAUAAAUUAAUACAAAAUUCUAAUUGCAUUAAUAUAAACACACCUAAAACAAAUUUAUUACUCCAUAAAUUAUUAAAUAAUCUGAUCAUCUGCCAAGCUUUCAUUAAGCUUAAUAUUCCAUCGUAUAACACCAGAAACCCUCAAACUCUCAACAUACAGACAUUGCACUCUUACAUUAAUAUUACUAAUUAAGUUGUAUAAUUCUUGGUACACAGCUAAUUUGCUUGAAGCAAUUAGAUCUCAUCCCUAGUUGAAAUGUCAUCUCUUUGGCAUUUGAGAGUCUGUCAAAUAUAACAUUGUAUUCUUUUGGGUAUCUUGCAGUGAAUGAUGUGUGACCUCACAAGUUCUACAUGACUCACAGUUUGAUGAUGGGAUUAUAUUAAUUCUAUUCAGUUAUCCAUUACACAGUCUGUGAUUUGAUCGUAGACAUAUUGAUAUUUUGCAAAAACCCUCGGCUGCAUUAAUUUCUUUUGAGAAGCAAAUGGGAAAAUAUUUUUUAUAAAUCAUGCCUUUAUCAUUUGGCAGAUAUUCUAUUUGCCAAUCCAUCUGCUGUUGCACUUUUAAUAUUGAACUUUUCUAAGUAUAAGGGAUUGCCUGUUGUGGUGGCACCUUUGGCAAGCCGAUCCAUUACAACAUUGGAUUGAAUCCUGUAUAGAUUUUGAUCCAUGUAAUUAUUAUUUUGUGUUCUUUAGAAGACAAACAGUACAAAUGACAAAUUUAGAAAAAUAGUUGCUAAUUGCAUACUCAUAGCCUCCCUUAUAGCAAUCAAUUCUGCUGUGUGUAUUGGGGAUACUGGGUGUGUGAAAAAAUUUACUGUCUGCUCUAUACUUUGCCGAAUGCACCUCCUUUAAAUCUAUUUAGGAAUGAUUCGCUGGUGUAACUAAAAUAUCUUUCUGGAAGACUCGCACAAAGACAAUUAAGUAUUUUUGGGUUACUUCGAUUUCAUUCAGUUCGCUGUAUGUUUUGAAAAUAAAUAUAGAAUUGUUGAAUAGCAUAAAAAUUUGAAGAAAAAUAAGAUGAUAGGCACAAUGAUUCAAUUGAGGCUCUACAUUCAUGUUACUACAUGCAAGCAGCAAUAACUAAAUGAAAUUUGAAAUGAUCCCACUAUGAAUCCGACCUAAAAUAUUAUACAACCACAUUAAACACACACUGCCACUAAAUUCAAAAUCAAUCAUUUUCAUUUGCAACAGAGCCAUUGUCUAUUCUCCUAAUUACAUGAUUAAGGAAAUCAUACCCUUUCAAAAAUAUCCUUACAUCACAUUUUAAUCCCUGAGAAUCAAGAAUAAUGCUUUAUUUUAUUUAUUUUACUGAAAUUAUCACAAAUAACACGAAAAUUUGCACAUAAAUAGAUCAUUUCCUUUCGUAAGUAGAACUCAAACCACUGAAAAAACUUCAAAUUGACUGAAGAUGGGAUAAUUGGUUUCGUGAAACUUGUCUAAGUUACACACAGUAAUAAAUUGUAGUGUUCAAGUUCAAGUCUACCAACACAAUUCCACAUUGUGAACAUUCUUGCCCAACUGUAAAAAUUAAUCCUGUUAGCUUAGCAUUAAUCUUAUCUUCUUUUCUGUGUUGUUUCAUUGCACAGGUAAAUAAUGAGCUAAUGUAUUCUUUUGUAUGAUCUCAGUUUUUUGGUGGCCGUCAGAUAGGAGAUGAUUUUGUGCUUGACACCUUUAGCUAUCAGCUUCAUCAACCUUAUUGAUGUUGUCUUAACAGGCGGUGUUGAUUCCUGUCCAACAGAUGGCAUCCAUCCUUCCUUGGACUCAUGCACAAUUUACACAAGAUGUUUUCAAGGAUUUCCUUUCCAUUUCCACUGUGGAAAAAGAGAAGUAUUUGACGUUGAAUCAAAAUCUUGUGUGAAAUUCAAACAACUCCAAAACUGUUACAAGUUUGACUGCGCAAAAAACCAUAAAUAUGCUGUCUACGAGGGUGAUCCUUCAUAUUAUUCUUUGUGUGAUAAAGGAAAAGCAAUAGCAAUCAAACUUUGCAAAGAGGGAUUGAUUUUUGAUGAAAGUAAACAAACUUGUGUUUUUAAAUGUCAACAAGCUGGAAUUGUUCAACAUCCAUUUGACUGCACUAUGUACAUCGAGUGUCCAUAUAAUUUUUUUAAGAAUUUUUGGAUUAAAAGAAGGUGUCCGCCGAGAUCCUGGUUUCACCCUACAGAAAAGGUCUGUACUAUUAACGAAAUAGAAAAAUGUGCAGCUGCCAAAAACCACAUUUCGAUCCAUAAUACCCAACAGUUUACACUGAGGCCAGAAAAGUGGAGAAAAAAGAAGAAAAAUGAUAUUCAGGAGGUAUCAAUCGAACAAAAUGACUCUGUACAAAUAAAUAACGAAUUGCUAAAAUUAGGUGAAAACACACAAGAAUUAAGUGUUUCUAAAGCAACCAAACAUUAUAGAUUGAAUAAAGGUUCUUCCACAACAGAAAACAAUGUUAAUGUAAUAGAAGAUAGUUCUACAGAUUAUUAUUUAAAAAGCGCAGAGUAUACAACACCUAAAACAGAUGAAACAUCAACAACUUAUCAAACAAAGCACCACGAUCCAAGUGACUUGAUAGAUUCAGGCACUAAUUUCUAUCGACACACUACUGACACAAAUAGUGGAUCAGUGAUUAAUUACAAACAAAAUUACUACUCUUCCACAUUAAGUAUAAUACUACGACCAGACAACAAAUCUAAUAAUGCUUUAUCUACACCAGAUGACCUUAAAAUGAAGGUGGAAAUACCUGAAGAAAGUGGAAAUUUCAAUACUGAAAUCACAUCAGAAAUAAACGGCGAAACUGUGAAUUUCAGUUCAUCUACAGUAGAUUCAUUAGUUGUGUCAACAAAACCAGCUACAGUAACUGAUGAAAGUACAUAUUCACCUAAUUUCAGAACUACAGAAUUAAAGAGAAAUGAAAAAAGUGCUAAAAAUAAACAAACGACAAACUUUGAUCGGAAAGAAUUGUCAGAUUUACCCUCAACAAAUUACCCUGAACACACUUCUUAUAUGACCGAUAGUGACUACAAUUUGGAACAAACCCAGCAUUACGACACAUCUACUUUAAAUAUAAAACACACAAAUGAAAAAGGUAGUAAAAAUAAAUACACUACGAACUUUGAUUCAAGUGAAUUGACAGAUUCAGCCACUCCACAUUACCAUCAACAUUCUACUGUUACAAGCAAUGGUGGUUCAAAUCUGUAUUACACUAAUAAUUAUGACACUUUCACAUUAAAUACACUAAAGCCACCAAAUGACAAAACCAGUGGUUCAUCUACAAUUGUAUCUUUACCUGUACCUACAAAUGAUGACAUUAGUAAAGUAACAGAUAGAAGUACAGUUUCACAAUUUUUCAGAACCACAGAAACCAAUGAAGAAAGUUCAAAAAGUUCAAUCUUUAAUCAAACUGAAUUGCCAGAGAAACCAUCAACAAAUUCACUCGCUACAGAUGUAAGCAAUGAUGGAUCAACUAAAAAUUAUAUCCAAAAUUACUAUCCUUCCACAACAAAUUCAACAUUGCCACCAAAUAUAAAAACCAAUAAUGGAUCAUCAACCACUGAAACUUUAACUGUGUCUACGACAGAAGACGUUGUUAAAGUAACUGAUAAAAGUGCAGUUUCUCAUUCUUUUAGUACAUCAGUACCUACAAUACCAAAAAGAAAUGAAGAAACUUCUAAAACUACAAAAACUGCAACAUUCAAUCAAAAUGAAUUGCCAGAAUCAACAAAUUACCAUUCACACUCUACUGAAACAAAUAAUGAUGGGUCGACUAUGGAAUACACCAAAAAUUACUACACUUCCACAUUAAAUUCAACACUUCCACCAAAUGACAAAUCCAAUAAUAGUUCAUCUGCAAAGGAAUCUUUAUCUGUAUCUACAACUGAAGACAUUCAUAAGGUAACAUAUGGAAGUACAAUUUUGUAUACUUUUACAACAGAACAGACAAUACAACAACAAAAUGAAGCAAGUUCAACAACCACCUUCGAUCAAAAUGAAUUGUCAGAGUCAACCUCAACUAAUUAUUAUUUACAUUCUACUGUUGCUACCAAUAGUGGAUCAACUUCAGAUUAUACCCAAAGUAAAGAUGCUUCCAUAGUAAAUUCGAAAUUGCAACCAAAUAGCGAAACCAAUAAUAGUUCAUCUACCACUGAAUCUUUAGAAAUAUUAUCUACAUUGAAGGAUGAUGGUAAAGCAACCAAUAAAAGUACAGUUUCCCAUACAAAUGCUGAGUAUACAACACCUGAAAAGAACAUGGAAAGUACAACAAUUGUGGAAACUUCUUCCUCCCAUCAAAAUGAAUUGACAGACUCACCCUCAACGAAUUAUCCCCCAGAUGGAGCUAAUAAAAAUAAUGGUGAUUCAUUAACGGAUUCCACCCAAAACUUCAAUAUGUCCACAUUAAACUCAACACUCUCACCAAAUGACAAAUCCAAUAAUAGUUCUUCUGCCAUGGAAUCUUUGGCUGAGUCCACAACUGAAGAUGUUAAUAAGGUAAAAGAAAAUACAGUUUCAUAUACUUAUGCAAGCACAGAAAAUACAACACCGAAAACAAAUGAAGAAAUUUCAACUGAACCACAGUCUAGUAAUGGUGAUUCACUGACAGAUUCAAUGCAAAAUUAUUCCACUUCCACAUUUCAAGUAACAUCCCCACAAAAAGACCGACAUGGUAAUGACACAUCUUCCACCGAAUCUUUGGCAUUACCUACAAAGGAGGAUGAUGGUAAAGCAACAGAUAAAAGUACAGUUUCAUAUACGUUCGGAAGUACAGAACAUACAACCCAUGGAAAAAACACGGAAAAUUCAAACAAUGGUGAUUCAACAACGGAUUCCACCAAAAACAUCAAUUUGUCCACGUUAACUUCAUUACUUCCACCAAACGACAAAUCGAAUUGUUCGAAUUGUUCAUCUAACCCGGAAUAUUUGACUAUGUCUACAACUGAGAGGGUAACAAAUGAAAGUACAGUUUCAUAUACAUAUGCAACCAUAGAAAAUGCAACACCAAAAACCAACGAAGAAAUUUCAACUGAACCACAGUCUAGUAAUGGUGAUUCGACUACAGAUUCAAUGCAAAAUUAUUUCACUUCCACAGUUGAUGUAACAUCUCCACCAAAAGACCUACCCAGUAAUGACACAACUUCCACUGAAUCUUUGGCAUUACCUACAAAGGAGGAUGAUGGUAAAGCAGCAGAUAAAAGUACAGUUUCAUAUACAUUCAGAAGUACAGAACAUACAACCAAUGGAAAAAACAAGGAAAAUUCAGUAACUACAGAAACUACUUUUUUCCAUCAAAAUGAAUUGUCUGAGACACCUUCAACACCAUCACUAAAUUACCCCUCAGAUGGUGUUAAUACAAACUAUGGUGAUUCAACGACAGAUUCCACCCAAAAAAACAAUUUGUUCACAGUAAAUUCAACAAUUUCACCCAAUGACAAAUCAAAUAAUAGUUCAUCUACCCUGGAAUCUUUGGCUGUGUCUACAACUGAAAAAGUAACAAAUGAAAGUUCAGUUUCAUAUACAUAUGCAACCAUAGAAAAUGCAACACCAAAAACCAACGAAGAAAUUUCAACUGAGCCUCACACUAUUAAUGCAAGUAAUAAUAGUGAUACAACGACAGAUUCAAUGCAAAAUUAUUACACUUCCACCUUUCAUGUGACAUCCCCACCAAAAGACCUACCCAGUAAUGACACAACUUCCACUGAAUCUUUGGCAUUGCCUACAAAGGAGAAUGAUGGUAAAGUAACAGAUAAAAGUACGGUUUCUUAUACCUUCAGAAGUACAGAAUAUACAACACAUGGAAAGAAUAAGGAAAAUUCAGUAACUACAGAAACUACUUCUUUCCAUCAAAAUGAAUUUUCUGUAUCACCUUCAACACCAUCACUAAAUUACCCCUCAGAUGGUGCUAAUACAGACAAUGGUGAUUCAAUGACGGAUUCCACCGAAAACAACAAUUUGUCCACAUUAAACUCGUCAGUUCCAUCAAAUGACAAAUCGAACAAUAGUUCAUCUACCCCAGAAUCUUUGGCUGUGUCUACAACUGAGAGGGUAACAAAUGAAAGCACAGUUUCAUAUACCUUCGGAAGUACAGAACAUACAACACAUGGAAAGAACAAGGAAAAUUCCGUAACUACUUCUUUCCAUCAAAAUGAGUUGUCUGAGUCACCUUCAACACCAUCACUAAAUAACCCCUCAGAUGGUGCAAAUACAAACUAUGGUGAUGCCACCGUCAAUUCCACCCAAAACCACAAUUUGUCCACAUUAAAUUCAACACUUCCACCAAAAGAUAAAUCCACUUCAUCUUCCACAGAAUUUUUAGGGGUGUCUACAACUGAAGAUAAGAUAACAGAUGAAACUACAAUUUUGUAUACUAUAACCACAAAAUAUACGCCACCAGAAACAAAUGAAGAAAAUUCUAAAACCACCUUCAGUCAAAAUGAAUUGUCAAUGUCACCCUCAACGAAUUACGAUGCACACUCUACUAAUGCAAAAAAUAAUAACGAUUCAACUACAGAUUCCACCCAACAUUAUAAUACUUCCACAUUUAAUGUAACAUUCCAACCAAAACACCAACCCAAUAAUGACUCAUCUACCACUGAAUCUUUUGCGUUACCUACAACUGUUGAUGAUGCUAAAGUAAUCAAUAAAAGUUCAGUUUCACAUAAGUUCAGAAGUACAGAACAUACAACAUAUGGAAGUUCAACAACUGCAGAAACUACUUCCGUCCAUCAAAAUGAAUUGUCAGAGUCAUCAACAAAUUACAAUUCACACUCAACUGAUAUAAGCAAUGGAUCAACUUAUACCCAAAUUUACUACCCUUCCACAUUAAAUUCAACAUUGCCAUCAAAUGCCAAUUACAAUAAUGGUUCUUUUACCACAGAAUCAAUAGCAGCACCCUCGAUAAAUUACUCCUCAGAUGGAGUUAAUACACACAAUGGUGAGUCAACAGUCGAUUCCACUCAAAACUACAAUACGUCCACAUUAAACUCAACACUUCCACCAAAUACUAAUGAUGAUUCAUUUACCACCAAAUCUUUACAUAUAUCUACCACAGAAGACAUUGCUAAAGUAACUGAUGAUAUUACAGUUUCUCAUUCCUUCAAAACUACAAAAUAUACGACUCAAAAAUCAGUUGAAAAUACUACACACCUUAGUGAGUUAUCACCAUCACCUACUCCUAAUUACACCUCAGACACACAAAAUGGUCACAGUACUGGGUCAACAGGUAAUUACCCUCAAAAUUAUACAUUUUCCUCUGAAACAAAUUUACCACCAUCUAGACCUACACAAAAUGUAGUAACAAAAGAUAAUAUUUGUGAACAGAAUGAAAUUAAUGUAGGUACGAGUACAGAAGUGGGUUUGAAAAAUUCACCUACAACAAUGAGCAAUACAUUAUUAACUUUGCCUUGGAUUGAUGCAUUCUUACUUACUAGAAAAACAGUACAUUCAUGUGCACAGAGCAAAGAUGAAUCAACAAUACAAGAGCAUGAUAACAAUACAGAAUCAACAACAGAAUCUACAUUUAGUCCAGACUUUCAAACAAGUAAUUUUACUACAAAUGUUGUCACAAUAGAUCACACAUCGGGAGAGUUUAAGACACCCAUAACCGUAACACCUGUCCCAACAGUCCUGGAAACUACUUCACCAGACUCUAAGGAAUUUGCCAUUGGAAUUGGAACAGCAACAACACCAUUUUCUUUUACAACAACUUUAGACUAUUCCAAUGUUGAUUAUGAUGAAAAUAUGGCUGUGACAACUACAUUUCAUUAUGAUGAUGCCGAAACAACUACCAUUUCCCCAACAAGUGAAAUAGCAGUUCUGCCUUGGGCUUAAAUCAAUUGUGCAUUGUAAUUUGUAAUUCCAACACUGUAAACAAUAAAUCAAAUAUUUAAAAUUUAAAAA